GAGCAGCAGAGCCUCAGUCUGGGCAGCCAGGAGCAGCGGCAGCUCUGUCUGCCUCCCCUUCAUCAGCACCACCACCUCCAUCCGUCUGCAUCCAGCUUUGGACUAGACACCCCCGUGCUGUGACAUUGUCUCGGAGCAGAGGUGCAUGACUGUGCCCGCGUGUGUGUGCGCGCGGGCGCGUGUGUGUGUCAAUCGCGGAGUAAAUAAAGCCCAGCAGUCUGCGGCAGCACCCCCAGACCCCCAUAAGGCGAAGAGGGGAAGGCGGCAGAGGAGCGACACAGGGGGGUACAGAAGGUGGCAUGGAGGAGAGGCGUGUGUUUGUAUCUGUGCGAAGGCAGGGCUGUGGGAUGUGGUGUGUCACGGACGCGGAGCGAUGCUGUGAGCUGUGGUAUUAGCAGGCAGCUGCGCACCGAGCCGCUCUCUCCCCUCCCUCCCCUCCCCUCUCCAGCACCGCUGCUCUCCUAGCACCGACCAUUCGCUGAAACCGGGGAAUCGGCUGUACACGGCUCGUUGUGCUCACUACCGCUGGCAACCUGCACGAGGAUUUGACACCACCAGAGAGAUGUUCCUUUCUGGGAAGAAGGCCCCUGGAUUUAUAAGUAUUAGUGAAUCCCGCUGAGUGUGGUUUUAGUGAGUGUGACCUGAGUCCCUACUGCCAAGCACAGGUUGAUCGUGCUUGGCUCACCAACGCUGCAUCUCAGCCAACUUCUCCUUCACUAGAUGAUAAAAAACAGUCUACAGGAUUGCCAUCCAUGGUUUCUGCCCUAAUCAAGACUAUAUCAUCCUACAUUGAAAAGAUUUGUAAAGGAAUGUUUACAAAGAAAUUGGCCAACCCGAUAAAGAAGAAAGAGAGAAGUGAAACUAAAGAGCCCAAAUUGUCCACUGAUUUGCAAGCACACAAUCUAACUCUCUCUACCACACUGAAGACUACUGUUAAAAAGAUUUCCAAAUGCUCUUCGGCACGUAACAUUUCACUUGAAGAGGACGACGGAAAGAACGACUGCUCAUCCCUUUCUCCUACGUUCAGUUAUCGUGUAGCUAUAGCAAAUGGACUUCCAAAAAACUCACUUUUUUUGAAUAAUAAUGAAAGUAUCUUUCCUGAGGUUCUUUCAAUUGAUAGUAGCUACUCUGACUCCUUGAGUGAGACCAAACCUAUCCGGAGACUGGAUGAGCAUAAAUCGCACACUAUGCCAGUAAGACGAAACAGGAAGAGCCUCAUCAGUUUGGCUCCCUCUGAUGGAAGCUCUGAGGGGGAACGAGUGGAACGUUCCAGUCUACAUACACUUCGACUAGGUGCUCUACGCAAGCUGAGAAAAUGGAAGAAGAGUCAGGAAUGUGUCUCUUCAGACUCAGAGGUGAGCAAUUGGAGGAAAACCUUGGGCAUCCGGAGCAAGUCCCUGGACCGUGCUGGCCGACAGCAAAAGAGCUCCACCCUGGAGCCUGGUUCCUCCUCUACAGGUUGCAUCAGUCAAACCCAGGACGUUAUGGAGAUGAUCUUCAAGGAGCUUCAGGGAAUUAGCCAGAUAGAGACAGAACUGUCUGAGCUGCGAGGUCAUGUAAAUGCCCUAAAGAGCUCCAUUGAUGAAAUUUCUAGCAGUGUGGAAGUAGUCCAGAGUGAGAUUGAGCAGCUUCGCUCAGGAUUUGUCCAGUCCAGAAGGGAAACACGUGAUAUACAUGACUACAUAAAACAAAUCAGCCACCAGGCCAAUAAUUCAACACUGAGGUUCCUCAAUGUUCCUGAAGAAAAAUCAGAGAAAACAGAGAGUCUUAUAUAUAAAUUAUUAAAAGAAAAAAUGGGUUUCAUUGAUGCUCAUAAGACAAUUAAAAUUGAGCUUGCACAUAGGUUAGGGCAACAAAGAGAAUGUUCUAAUGCAAAACCUCGACCUAUUAUUGUUAUUUUUGCAACAACACAAGACAGAGAUGUAGUCUUGAAAAAAUGCUAUAAACUUAAAGGAACAGGAAUUACAGUUUCCACUGAUAGUUUAACUCAUGAUGGAAAGGAGAGAAAAGACAAAACAAUGACUUCCUCACAAACAUAUGAAAGCAUGGAUAUAAAGGUCUCAGGAAAGGAUAAAGUUGUAGAGAGCGAUGACUGGGACUCAAUGGACAGUGAUAAAGAGUUAGAUGAAUUGAGUAGAAACAAAUAUGCAAUGGUGAUUUCAAAGCCUGUUCACAAAAGUAAAUCAGAGAAGAGACGUUCCCAUGACCAUAGCAGGUCAGGAGAUGAGGCAGGCUACUCAGGGUCUGUUCAUUAUGCUGAUGACUCUUAUUAUGACCCAGACAAGCAUGCAAAGGCUUACUACUCUGACUUGACCCCUGGCUGGCUUUCCCAGAGUGACUAUUCUACUCCAAAACUCAGCCGUUCUGAGUCUGACUGCUCAAAACUUUGUCAGUCAUACUCAGAGGACUUUUCAGAGAGCCAGUACUUCACACGGGCCAAUGGCUGCUCCCUGUUGUCCUCCUCAGACCAAGAACUUUGGCAGAGAAAGCAAGAGGAUAUGGCCUCUUCUUGGUAUGCUAGUCCGAGUCACCAUCCGGCCUAUGAACACAAUGAGGUUGAAACAACAGAAACUAUUGACAGUGGGGUGAGCAAUGGACUUGUCUGUAUGUCUGGGGACAGAAGCCACUACAGUGGCUCUCAGCUCUCCCUGCAAGGGGACCUAUCCCCCUGGAAAGACUGGCAUCACCUGGAACAAGGUGCUGACUCUGGUUUGGAAGCCUCCAUAGAGGUUAGCAGCCCCUUUGACCCCUCAACUAUUCCUGGUUUUCCAGAGAACAUCACUAAAUGCCAGGAAGUUGACUUGCAAUUUGAGGGUGAUGAAGAGUUCAUGAAUCUUGACAGAGAAACUACCUUACCUAUAACAACCCACAUUAUACCUCCCAUCACAGAACGUGAAAGUGUCAUGAAGACAUCUGUUCGACAGUCAAAAGAGGGAUGUAAGGUAAUUACAAAAGAAAGCACGAAAGUAACAUCUAAAGAUACACCUAAAGGUAGUACAAAAGUAACACAUAAACAGACUAAAUUGGGCCCAAAAGAUGAAACUCCCAAAAUAACACAAAAAGAAAGCCCUAAGGUAUCAGCUAAGGUUUCACCUAAAGUGACCUCUAAAGCGACCCCUAAAGAAUCACUUAAAGACACUCCAAAAGUAGCAGCUAAAGACACCCCUCAGGUUCUCCCUAAGGACAGUCUUAAAUUCACACCUAAAGAUGUUGCAAAACCAAAAGAAGUAUCUAAAGCAACACCCAAGGUAACUUCUACUGAGGCUGCUAAAGUCACUCCUAAAGUGACCCCAAAAGAAAGCCCAAUAAUGACUCCAAAAGAAAGUCCAAAAGAGCCGUACAAAGAGAGCCCUAAAAUAACCCCAAUUGAAAGCCCGGCUUCAACCCCGAAGGAGUCCCCUAAAGAGUCCCCUAAGGAAUCCCCUAAAAUCAUUGCUAAAGAGCCCCCACUAGUUGCAUCGAAAGAAGGUCCUCCACCUGCUGCUAAAGAGGUUACCAAAGAACUUACAAAACCACCCCCAAAAGAGGUUGCAAAAGAGAUGCCUAAAGUAGCAUCAAAGGAGACUCCUAAAGUACCUACUAAAGAAAAUGCUAAGGCUCCUCCUAAAGAUGUUACAAAGGUAGCCCCUAAAGAGAGUCCUAAGGUGCCCCCCAAAGACCAGAAGGUCACCCCUACUGAAACUCCUAAAGCAGAACCUAAAGUGGCCUCUAAAGUUGUUCCUAAAGAGGGAUCAAAAACUCUCCCUAAGGAAAAAUUCCCUGAAUUGGAUGUCAAUCACAGCUUUCAUCAGAAUCAGAAUAAGUCUACAACUAUGUACCGCAGUCAAAGUGAAAUUCGAACAGAGAAAGUUGAGGAGGUUCCCAAGUCUUGGAGCAGUAGGCUUAGCAUAGAUCUUAGUGAGAAAUCCUUUGGUUUUGGCUUUGGUUCUACGCUGCAAAGGGCUAAGUCAGCACUGGAAGUUGUUUGGAAGACUGGUUCUCAACCUACCCCAGCUCCUCCUGAAGAGCCUGCCAACACCUCUUCCUCAUUUAUGGGGCGGUUCCGCACCCUGUCCACCUCUGGUGCAAAUACCCCCUGUACCACCACAGAACCAGAGGUCUGCCCAGAGCCGGUUCACUACAAGGCAGAGGAAGACAAAACAGAAGCAGCAGCGGAAUCUGAGGAAAAGUCAGUAGACAGUGAGACCCACUAUGUUGAAGUGAUGGAGCAGGUACUAGCAAACCUGGAGACCAUAACUAAUGCUAAUGAGACAGAGGAAACAGAUGAGCCCGUGCAGGAAUGCGAGACUUCUCAGGACUAUGAUGUAUCUGAUGACAUUGAUGCCUCUCAAGACAAUGAUGCCUCUCAGGACCUUGAGACCUCUCAAGAUUUUGAAGCCUUAGAGGACUAUGAGGCAGGUAAAGAGGCACGUGUUCUGGAGUAUGAUUGCAGUUUGGAUGAACAUUAUGAUGAAGACUACAGUGAGGAAUUUGAAGCCCACCUGACUGGUGAUACUGCUGAGUAUGAUGCAAUGGUGGAGUAUGUGGAUGUAGAGGAACCAGAUGAAACAGAGGAUAACGAUGUAACAGAGGAGAUGGAAGAGGGUGAUGAGGACUUAGAAGAAGUAGAAGAAAUAGUAGAGGAGGCCACAGAGGUGACAGAAAAAGUGGAGCAACAGGAGGAUGAAAACAAAAAUGUUCCAGAGGAGAAGCCCACAGAAGCCCCACCUAAGAAGCGUGUUCGACCCACAUUCAAGGAGGCAGCACUAAGGGCAUAUAGGAAACAGAUGGCUGAGCUGGAGCAGCAGAUCCUGGCAGGGGACAGCAGUGCUUUGGAUACACAGCCUCGCAGUAUUCUGGAUCCCAAACUGCUCGGCUUGCAGUCUGGAGGGGCUGGCAGUAUUCUUUAUGGUAUUGACAGCAUGCCAGAUUUACGCCGCAAGAGGACAGUGCCUCUUGUCCGAGACCUGGCUUUGACCCUCACUGCUCGAAAGGCAGGCAUCUCGUUCGCUCUGGUGAACCGGUCCACCUUGAAUAAUGAAGACCUGAAACUACAUGUCUUCAAGAAGACUCUUCAAGCACUGAUCUACCCUAUUUCAUCCACAACACCCCAUAACUUUGAGGUGUGGACAGCGACUGCACCCACCUAUUGUCAUGAAUGCGAGGGUCUGCUGUGGGGCAUUGCCCGCCAGGGCAUGCGCUGUUCAGAAUGUGGUGUUAAGUGCCACGAGAAGUGCCAGGACUUACUCAAUGCAGAUUGUUUACAAAGGGCAGUGGAGAAAAGUUCAAAACAUGGGGCUGAAGACAAGACCCAGAACAUCAUCAUGGCUAUGAAAGAACGCAUGAAGAUAAGGGAGAAGAACCGCCCUGAGGUCUUUGAAGUUAUCCAGGAGAUGUUCCACAUCUCCAAAGAGGACUUCACAAGCCAUCUAAAGACAGCCAAACAGGCUGUGCUGGAUGGGACGUCCAAGUGGUCUGCCAAAAUCAGCAUCACAGUCAUGAGUGCACAGGGGUUGCAGGCAAAAGAUAAAACUGGCUCCAGCGACCCUUAUGUCACCGUUCAGGUUGGCAAGACCAAGCGCAGGACGAAGACAAUCUUCGGCAACCUCAACCCUGUCUGGGAUGAAAAGUUCUACUUCGAAUGUCACAACGCUACGGACCGUAUCAAGGUGCGUGUGUGGGACGAGGAUGAUGACAUCAAAUCACGGGUGAAGCAGCAUUUCAAGAGAGAGUCAGAUGAUUUCCUGGGUCAGACCAUCAUCGAGGUUCGCACUCUCAGCGGAGAGAUGGAUGUUUGGUACAAUCUGGAUAAGAGGACCGACAAGUCUGCUGUCUCUGGUGCCAUCAGGCUAAAGAUCAGUGUGGAGAUGAAAGGAGAAGAGAAUGUGGUUCCACCGCACGGCCAGUACACCUGUUUACAUGAGAACCUGUUCCACUACCUGACUGAGGUGAAGAGCAGCGGGGUUGUGAAGAUCCCGCAGGUGAAAGGGGACGAGGCGUGGAAGGUCUACUUUGAUGACGUGUCUCAGGAGAUAGUGGAUGAGUUUGCCAUGAGAUACGGAGUGGAGUCCAUCUAUCAGGCUAUGACGCAUUUCUCCUGUCUGUCUGCCAAAUAUAUGUGUCCCGGGGUGCCAGCAGUGAUGAGCAACCUGCUCGCUAAUAUAAAUGCUUACUUCGCCCACACCACCACCACCACCACAACCACUGCAUCUGCUUCCGACAGAUUUGCUGCCUCCAACUUCGGGAGAGAAAAAUUUGUGAAAUUACUGGACCAGCUGCAUAAUUCACUGAGGAUCGACCUCUCUAAAUAUCGGGAUAAUUUCCCUGCAGGAAACCCAGAGAGGCUUCAAGAUUUGAAGUCCACCGUUGAUCUCCUGACCAGCAUUACCUUCUUCAGGAUGAAGGUACAAGAGCUCCAGAGUCCACCGAGGGCCAGUAUGGUGGUGAAGGACUGCGUGAAAGCAUGUCUGGACUCUACAUACAAAUACAUUUUUGAUAACUGUCAUGAACUGUACAACCAACUCCUGGACCAGAGCCGGAAGCAGGACAUUCCUCGUGAAGAGCAGGGACCAUCAAUCAAGAACUUGGACUUCUGGCCAAAGCUUAUCACCCUCAUGGUGUCUGUAAUCGAUGAAGACCGGACAGCUUACACCCCAGUCAUUAACCAGUUUCCACAGGAGCUGAAUGUGGGCAAAAUCAGCGCUGAGAUCACGUGGACCCUCUUUGCCCUGGACAUGAAGUAUGCAAUGGAAGAGCAUGACAAGCAUCGCCUAUGCAAAAGUACAGAAUACAUGAAUCUUCACUUCAAAGUCAAAUGGUUCCAUAAUGAGUAUGUCCGUGAACUGCCAGCCUUCAAGGGUGUCCCUCCUGAGUAUUCUCUCUGGUUUGAGCCAUUUGUUAUUCAGUGGCUUGAUGAGAAUGAGGAUGUUGCUAUGGAUUUCCUCAAUGGAGCACUAGAGAGGGACAAGAAAGACGGGUUCCAACAGACCUCAGAGCACGCCCUGUUUUCCUGUUCAGUUGUGGAUGUGUUCACUCAACUGAACCAGAGCUUUGAGAUUAUCAAGAAGCUGGAGUGUCCAAACCCCCAAGCUUUGGCUCACUUCAUGUGUCGCUUUGCUAAGACUAUCAACAAAGUUCUUCUGCAAUAUGCUGCAAUCGUAUCCAAGGACUUUCACUUGUAUUUAAGUAAAGAGAACGUGCCCUGCAUUCUUCUCAACAACAUUCAACAACUCCGUGUCCAACUGGAAAAGAUGUUCGAGUCCAUGGGUGGCAAACAGGAGGAGGGGGUUGUGUCCUUCUGUAAGCUGGAUGCAGAGGCAAGUGAUCUACUAAAGGAGCUGCAGAAUAAACUCAACACAGUCCUGGAUGAGCUCAGUGGAGUGUUUGGUUCCAGCUUCAAACCUGUGAUCGAGGACUGUGUGAAACAAAUGAACCAGGAGCUGACCCAGAUGAAAGGUUCAGCAAAAGGAAGCAAUGCUGCCAUGGAUGCAGAGACUGUUCUUCGGCCUCUUAUGGACCUUCUGGAUAAAAAUUUGAUGUUGUUCGCCAAGAUCUGCGAGAAGACUGUUCUCAAGCGAGUCCUUAAAGAGCUAUGGAAAAUCGUGCUGAAUACCAUCGAGAGAACAAUUGUUUUGCCUCCACUGAAUGACCAGAAUCAAGGAGCUCAGAUGAUCUUCAAUGCUGCCAAGGAUUUGGGACAACUGUCCAAACUAAAGGAGCAUGUGAUCCGAGAGGAGGCCAGGAGUUUAACUCCACGACAGUGUGCAGCCAUGGACCUGGUUCUUCCCACCAUCAAGCAAUACUUCCAUGCUGGAGGAAAUGGGCUGAAGAAGACUUUCCUCGAAAAGAGCCCUGACAUGAAGUCCCUCAAAUAUGCUCUCAGCCUUUACACUCAACCUACAGAUGCCUUGAUCAAGAAAUAUAUAUGCACCCAAACCUCUCAAGGUCAGUCAUCCAAUGGAUCGGUGGGGGAGGUGUCGAUGCAAGUGAAUCUCAUCUCUCACCCUGGCACCGGAGAGCACAAAGUCAGCGUGAAGGUGGUCGGAGUGAACAACCUCAUCUGGCAGACCAACGCCAUGUUCCGGCCAUUUGUAGAGGUCAACGCCGUUGGACCACACCUGGCUGACAAGAAACGCAAAUUCAGCACCAAGACCAAGAAUAACAAUUGGUCACCAAAGUACAAUGAAACAUUCCAGUAUGUUCUGAGUAAUGAACAUGGUCCAGAAGCCUACGAGCUGCAUGUCUCAGUAAAGGACUACUGCUUUGCCCGUGAGGACCGCAUCAUCGGCAUGACAGUCAUCCAACUCAGAGAGCUGGCGGACAAGGGCAGCUGCGCAGCCUGCUACCCCCUGGUAAAGAGCAUCUCCAUGGAUGAAACCGGCCUCACCAUCAUGAGGAUACUCUCUCAAAGGACCAACGACGAAGUGGCGAAAGAGUUUGUGCGUCUCAAGACAGAUACACGCUCAGCGGAGGAAGUGUCGUAAUUUGGAGCAAAAAAUGCAGUAUUAGAUAUUAAAAAGUUGUGAUGUCUUAAGUGAGAGUAAGCUAGAUGGAGAAGGAGGAAGAGCAGUAGCAACAGUUGUUCUUUCAGGAAAGGCUGGAAACAGCAGGAGUAUGAGAUUGUCCAAAGAGAACCGGAGGAGGCCCAAAUGGGCAAAGCAGUGAGAGCGAGAGAGUUGUGUUUGUUUGUUUUUGUGCAUGUGCGUAAAACAUCUGUUGGAAUGUUCAUUUUAAACUACAGUAUGUACAAGUGUUUACUUACCGUAUGCUUACUAUUAAGUACUAUAUUCUACAAAUUAUGUUAACGAGACAUGAAAUACCUUUUGUACAACAUUUAGUCUUUUUGAACAGAGAUUUGUUCCAAUAAAGUGCCAAACCAGUGGAAAAAAAAGAACAAAACCAACGUAUAUGAAUUAUGGUGAACUUAGUAUGUUUGAAAAUUUGCUCGAUUAUUUUGUCCGGUGUAAGUCAUUUUCUGACAGUGUGGCGUUUUGAUUGUUGCAAAGUCUUUCAUUUUGCACCCUUGUUUUGCUUCACGUUCUUCCACACAGCACUGUUGUGCAUGUCCUUUUCUCGGUCAUGUCUCUCCCAUGAUUCCACAGUGACCACCGAGCAGGGUCCUGUCCCCUUGCCUUCAAACUGUUUGUAUUUUAAGUCGUCCUGAAAAUAGACCAUGUUUUUUUAAAUGGCGAUGACUGCUAUGUAAACCUUCAUAGGUGUUUGUAAUUUUAUAACCAUGACAACAAUGACGACAGCCUCCAGUGCUAACAGUCUUAGCAGAAAGGACGGAAAUGUUUUCUUUUUUUUUUCUCUUUUCUUUUUCGUUCGUUCUUUUUGGCCAUCAGCUUCCAGCCUUUCUGAUUGACCACUGUGAACAUGAGCUUUGGAAGGCAAGCUUACGUGACAUUGCUGACAGUUUGAUAUUAUUGUUUCAUAUUUUCCGAUAACUUUGUUCCUGAUAAACUGCCAAAGUUAUAUAAAAUAUUUGUACAAAAGCAAUCCAUUACAUGUAUGAAGAUAUAUAUGUACAUGUGAUCUAUUUCUUUUACAAUGCUUAAUAUUUGAUUGUUGAUAGGGUGGUACUAAGAUUUUAUUUUUUUUAUUUCCUGUGAAGCUGUUAACAAAUCUGAAAGUUGCACAUGUUACUUUACACAUUAGUUAUAUCAGCUUCUAUCAUUUGAAUUAUUUUUCUUCAUAAAGGAAAGAGUCUAACAUUUGGUAAAUAUGCAACAUUCCUAUGUAUUGCACUGAUGGCGAAUUGUAUGUCAUGUAAAUAUAUUUAGUGAGAUAUUGUACAAAAGUCUACUUUUCUUUAAUGUGCAUAAAGUAUGUGCAAAUGUGUUAAACAUCUGGGUUGUUCUGAACAAUUUUCCAGCAAAUUGAGUUUCUUUUGUAUUUCUAAGUGACUAAAAGUACUCAGAACGAA